AUGGGUGGUCCGGCUAUAAUCGAUGGUAAAUAUCAUUUGUAUACGGAUAAUUUUCUUCCGUGUAAAUUUAUGGUAAACAACGUUGCGUAUUGUAGUUCAGAAAAUUAUUUUCAAUGUGCAAAAGCUACUAAUGCACACGAUCAUGAGAUUGUCAGAAGAUCGGGUUCAGGUAUGGAUUGUUGGCUGGCUGGUGCACAAAUCGAUCUUCGCCCAGAUUGGGAACAAGUUAAAGUAAGAGAAAUGUAUGUGGGAAACAAGGCAAAAUUUGAACAAAAUUUCGAUUUUGGAAAACAAUUGGUUGCCACUAAGGGUCCAAUUGUGUUUGGUGGAUCGACGUCCUUUUGGAACAAAUGGAACGGAUUAAUUUUAGACAGAGUUAGAGCUGAGUUGAGACAAGAUCAACAAAUAGUAGAAAAAAUUAAACAGUUGAUGGACAAAUAUGAGCAAACCAAUGUUAAUAAAAACAUCCACUUCACGUCACUAAUUGCAGCAUCACGUCUACAACUAUUCUUUAAAUUUAUAUCACCAUUUUUAAGAAGAUUAUAA